AUGGACGCUACUUUCUCCAAUUUCAAGUUGCAAAACUUCAAGGGGGUCAAUUGCUUAGACAAAGAGAGGUUCAUGAAGAAAUUUAACCUUCUGCAUGACAAAAAAGAUCAGGACAGGGGUCUACCCAACAUAAAGAUAGCCACCAAAUACCUUUCUAAAUUUGUUGACAAAGAACUUGGUGGAAGAACUCUUCGUGAAAAACUCUCUCUUGACCAAAAUGAUGGUCAGAAAACCAACGAAUUAGCCCAGAAAGAUUUCUGACAAUUCAUUCGGCGUGGGAGAAAACACCCGAAGGUCUUACUUCCCAUGAAAAAUAAAAGGCAGAUCAAGGCUUUUAGUGUAGAAUCUAAUAUAAGAAGGAAUGGACCCGAGACAAAAUCUUUAUCACACAGAAAUUCCUCCCUGUACGAGAUUUCAACUAGCUGAACUCAAAGCGGAAUACAGGAUCCACCUCAUGUGGGAGCUAAUUCACUAGAGGCUCGUGAACCAUUGCCUUCAAACUUAAAAUAACAUUCAGCCAACCUUAUCUGCUAUUAAUGUCUAUACUUCUCUGAGAAAUAAUGUAUCGAGAGGAGAUUUAUUAAGACAAGGAUAUUUUGCAAGUGAUGUCAUGAUUCGCCAAAAACAGUUCUCAUCAGCUCGAAAGCCUCUACAGAGUGUUCAGAUAGAUUCUCAGCCAAUUCUCACCAAGAGAAGGCUGGAUGAUAUUCAGAUCCAAAAUAUUCCAAAGAAAAUUUAUUUGAAGAACAUGACCCCUGACCUCAUGAACAAAAUACCUUCCAAAUUAUUACAAGUAAUAGAGAACAGAGAAGUCUGCACCAACUCACCAUGCUUCAUAGCGAAGUUAGAACAUUCUAUUGCUAGAAAGCAGUGCUAAGAGCACUGUGGUGAAGACUCUGUGACAGAUAAUAUAAGCCUACAAUAUUCUUAAUUUCAUCUCUAAGGAAACUUUUCAAG